AUGGAGGGCCCCGCCUUAGCACAGGCGGCCCCGCCUGCAACACCAACAGCAGCGACCACAGCAGCAGCAGCAGCAGUUGCAGCUGCUGCUUCUACUCCAACCGUCGGUUUCGCUGCAUUUUCUCCUCGUGCCGCAGCAGCAGCUGCUGCUGCUGCUGCAGCAGCAGCAGCAGCAGCUGAGGAAGACUUCGUGCUGUCUGAUGACAGUCUUCUCUCUGGUGAUGAGAAAAUAAGAAAAAGAACAAAACAUAAAUCCCCUAAAAGAACGUCCUCUUCUGCACCUGCAGCAGCAGCAGCAGCAGCAGCAGCGGCAGCAGCAGCAGCAGCAGGUCGUAGCAAGACCCCUAAAGGCCACCGAGCAGCAACUGCUGCUCUACCAGAUCAGGUGCCACAUCCAAACCGCAGCAGCAGCUGCUGCAACAGCAGCUGCAGCAGAAGCAGCUGCAGCAGCAGCCGCAGAAGCCUAUCCUUUGGCUGGCAGCAGCAGGACCGGCGACUAGACAGCCGCAGCAGCCUCACAACAGCAGCAGACAGCCGCAUGCACAGCAGCAGCAGCAGCAGGGACUUCUCUAUAAAGACGAAGCAACAGAAAACCCCCUCUCAUAUACAAAACCCCAGCAGCAGCAGCAGCAACAGCAGCAGCAGCAGCCUUUGGGCUGAGAUACCAUCACCUGCUCGUGCUGCAGUUGUAAAGAAGCUGCAGCAGAAGCAGCAGCAGCUGCAGCAGAGCAAACAAGCAGCAAGCGAAACCCCACGGCAGCAGCAGCAGCAGCAGCAGCAGAGGAGGGGCCGCGUAUGCAGCGCAACUCCUAGCCGAGGUAGCACUUGUUCCCGUGCUAGUAGGAAGGACAGCAGCAGCAGCAGCAGCAAUUGGCGUCGUGGUGCUGCUGCAUCUCGCUCUAUAUCUGUUUGCUGCAGCGACAGCGAGAAGGAGAGAGCAGCAGCAGCAGCAGAGAGAAGAAGAGGCCUAUGUCCUCAUGGGCUUCGUUACCGUAGCUUAUGCUGCUUCUGCAACAGCAGCAGCAGCAGCAGUAUUGACUCUAAGAAACCAUCAGCAGCAGCAGCAGCAGCAGCAGCAGCAGGAGGGGGUGCUAGGCUGCUGCAGCCAACUGUUGCUUCCUUAAUGCAUGCAGCAAGUCGUCUAAUGACAAGACAUACCAUCACCCAGCAAAGAACUGCAUCUGCUCCUAUUACAGGAGGGAGGCCUGUAAGAGCGCAUGCACGAUCUUCUGCUGCUGCAGCAAAAGGGACAUCAGCAGCGCGAAGCAAGAGUGCUCAGGUAUUUGAUAGACUGUGGGGCGACGCUCUUGAGAAGCAAAGGAAGCAGCAGCAGAGCAGCGCAGCAGCAGGAAAGGGUAUGGGGUCAUGGGGGGCCCGCCUCUCUGAUCCAGGGGAGGCCCUAUGGUGUUUAGAUCACCCCACCAUUAGAUCUAAACAUCCCCCUGAUCACCAACAGCAACAGCAACAGCAACAACAACAGCAGCAGCAGCAGCAGCAGCAAUGUGUUGUUGUAUAUAUGAUGUGUCCUCAGGGUGCUCUAUGGGAGGCAGAGGGGCCACCAUUUAGUGUUUCUCCUGCGAGGCAGAGAAGAGGGACUCCCUUAACAACAGAUGCAUUAGGGCAGGUUAUACUUAACAACAAUAACAACAACAACAACAACAGCAGCAGCAGCAGCAAACAGCAGCAGCAACAACAACAACCAGUGCAACAACAACAGCAACAGAUGCAACAGCAGCAACAGGGAGUGAACUCAGUAGAAGGAGGGAAUGCCCACAUGAUGCCCUCUGCAGGAAUAUCCAAUGCAGCAGCAGCAGCAGCACCAACUGCAGCAGCAGCAGCAGCAGCAGCAGCAGUACCUCCAAGUUUGCUGCCGCCUGGGGGUUCCUGGAUGCCUUUGACCUCACAGCCGAGAGUAUUUACUCCUCGUUCUGCUGCAGCAAGGCAACUCAAACUGCAGCAGCAACAACAACAACAGCAGCAAAUGCAGCAGCAGCAGCAGCAACAGAUGCCACGCCGCAAUGUUGCUGAGGGGCCGUGGUCACCAGCAUCCGUGGAAAUAAUCCCUAUGCAGAGAGUGGAGCCACAAUUACUUCAGCAGCAGCAGCAGCAGCAGCAAAUGCCGCAGCAGCAGCAAAUGCAGCAGCAACCGAGACAGGGGGCACAUUUGCUGCGGAGGACAAACAGCAAAGGCAUUGGAAAGCCGUUGGAACAGAAUGACAGAGAAAUGCCUCCACAGCAGCAGCAACUGCAACAGCAGCAGCAGCAGAUGCAGCAGCAACAGCAGCAGCAGCAGCAGCAACAGCCACAGCAGGCGCUCUGGAGGCAGCAAAUGACUCCUGUAGCCCAACGACUCACAACUGUUGGGGCGAUGAAGGAACAGCAGCAACAACUGCAGCAGCAGCAACUGCAGCAACAACAACUGCAGCAGCAGCAACUGCAGCAGCAACAACUUCAGCAACAGCAACUCCAACAACAGCAACUGCAGCAACAACAAAUGCAACAACGCCAACUGCAGCAGCAACAACUGCAGCAACAACAAAUGCAACAACGGCAACUGCAGCAGCAACAACUGCAGCAGCAACAACUGCAGCAGCAGCAACUGCAGCAACAACAACUGCAACAACAACUGCAGCAACAGAUGGAAGCCUUCUCUCUGUCUCCAUCUCAGGCUUUCGGUUCCCUAGGCCAGCAGCAGCAGCAACAGCAGCAGCAGCAACCCCGACAGAGACAGCAGCAGCCAGUCCCUGUCUUCGUUCCUCGAGUGCAGCAGCAGCAACAGCAGCAGCAGAGAGCCAUGGCAGCACGCAACCGAUCACGUAGCCCUACGGCAUCUUUUGUCUCCCCCCAGCAGCAACUACAGCAGCAGCAGCAGCAGCCAUUUAUGAGUAUGCCUCCUGUAGCAGCAGCAGCUUCCAUGGUUGGCACUCCGCAGGUGGGCAUGCAGCCUCUGUGGCCCCCCAGUCCUUUUCAGCAGCAGCAGCGCAUGCAACAGCAACAGCAGCAGCAGCAGCAAAAGCCUCAGCAGGCAAUGACACCUGUUCAGCAACAACGACAAGCAUCGUACCAGCAGCUGCAGCCUUAUAACAUGCACCCGGUGCAGCAGCAGCAACAGCAGCAGCAACAGCAGCAGCAACAGCAACAAAUGAUGCUGCAGCAGCACAAUACACGACUUAUACACCUGCAGCAAAUGCAGCCGGGCCAAAGCCGAUUAGCUCUGGCUGGCCUCCCGUCUCCCACUCAUGUGCAGCAGCAGCAGCAGUUGCAGCAGCAGGUGCUGCUGCAGCAGCAGCAGAAGCCUCAAGUAGCACAGCAGCAGCAGCAGCAGCAGCAACCAGUAGUAAGACCAGCAGUAAAAGUAGCAACAAAAGUUGCUGCUGGCUCAAGUCUGCUGCUGCAGAAGACAGUACCUAACUAUAUGAUGACAGCAGAUGCCUCGUUAAUAAGACAUUAA